CUGGUGAUAAAUCAAGGUGCAUCAUUUGAUUUGUCUGCUCGGAUUUCUUGCUUGCUACGAAUCUUCCUCUCGUCUGUAGGGUGUUGCGCGACAAGCGUGAGUGUCCCAUCCCCCGCCCAACGAUGGCCGGAAACCUCGUCGCCCGCAAACGGAACAUCCAAUGUAGAACCAAGGUGAAAACUGGUUGCGCAACCUGCAGAAUAAGGAAGGUCAAAUGCGACGAGAACAAGCCAUUUUGCCAAAAAUGUGUCGGCACUGGUCGUACUUGCGACGGCUACGAGUCUCCCUUUAGAUUUUACAUCAGUCAACCCAUCAACAACGCUCAUGCUGGCGGCAUCAAGUCUGGCGCUGGUUUACAACCCAUCCGGCCCACCUUAACUGAGAUCGCCCCUCAGGACAUCGACCUCCUCAAUCGUUACUUCUCAACCAAGACCAUGUUCGACGUGAAGCUGGGCUGUGAUGAAGAAGCCAGGAAAGUUCUCCAAGCCAGCUUGACUGAUCCGCCAAUACGACACGCAGUCUCGUCUCUCAGAGCUCUUCGGGAAGAUCUCGAGACGUCCGGAGACAUUCCAGCGUCUGUCGCGCAGCAGACCCCGAGCUAUGACUAUGGCCUCCAGCAAUACUGUGUGGCUUUGGGGGGUCUCGCGUCUAGCUUGUCGUCUCCGGGCUCCAACGGGUUGAAGUCGGCAUUACUUUGCUGUCAGCUAUUCAUCAGCAUUGAGCAAGUGCGGGGGAAUUACGCUGCUAUGGCCCAGCAUAUCAUUCAAGGACUCAGGAUCAUGCACGAGUAUCGGGCAAGGCCGAAUUUUGUUGCCACGAAUAAAUUGGUGCCAGCACACCAGGGCCAGCUACCCUUCCUAGAUGUUUUCAUCAUCAAGCUGUUCGCUGCACCAUGUAAGUUCGCGGAUCCUCCAGCACCAGCCGAUAUAAGCGGGACGACGGCGUCUGUGUGUUUGAUUUCGCCGCAUCAACAGCCUGUUGAAUCUCGCGAUCUUCGCACGAUUGCACCCGACAUGCGAACAGAGCUUACAAGGAUCGCUGCAUCGACGCUUGAAUUUCUCGGCAAAGUGUCGCAUAUCGAAUCGGCAGAAAACGCUCUUCGACUACUAUCCGAGAAAGCAUCUCUGCUGGACUCCUUGGAAUCAUGGCUCAAUGACCUUGAACUUGUUCAAACGGAGAUCAAACCUCCUGGUCCUGAGCUUCUUUCCGUGUCUUUCAUGCGCUUCUUCCAUCAGACACUGAAAGUCGUUCUCUUGGGGGCACUGGACUCCUCACCAGAUCUUUAUGCCGAACUGCGGACCGAGAACGACCGAUUGCAGGGCAUAGCUAGCAAUUUGGGUGAAAGAGUUAAAGCUUAUCGAACGUGCAGUGGGACUAGAAGUGGUCUAGGGGAGCGAUCUAAAGGACGCUGACAUUUUUGACAAGUGGCGCAAUCUUUCCGAGCCACGCAUCUGAUUCCUGUCUUUUCAUAAUCAAUGGAAUCCGCGGACUUCAUAGCUAGCAAAUCGAGUCGGAGAAGGCUGGCGGCGCUACCGAAUGCUGUUGGACAAAGACUCUGCACACCUCUU